AUGUCAACGGCGGGUGUUGUGUGGUUCGAUGGGACAGGGCGAGACAAGGGGACGGUUGGAGAAGCGUCGUUGACAGGUGGAGACGUGGAGAAAGCAGCGAGUGAGGGGAGUGGAGCUCGGCUGUGGCUCUGCAGCAGACUGGCCGAUGUGCAGCGAGGGGCGCAGCCAAUGGCAUCGAGGCGAAUUUUGCCGCAGCGUCAGUGGGCCGUAGCAGAGUUGGAGUGUGAGUGGCAGUGGCAGCAGCAGCAGCAGCAGCUGGGACGGCAUUACCCAUUACCUACGACCCACGUCCUGGCUGCACGCACGCGACAUGACGGCAAUUCAGCCGCUGCUGAUUAA